AUGAGUAAAUACUGUCCAGAAUGUCAAGGAAUAAUUGAUAAUGAAGGAAUUUGUACAAAUUGUGGAUUAGUAGUGUACGGACAUGAGACAUAUGUUAAUGACAUUAUUAAUAUAGAGGGAAGAGGAUUUAAUGGACAGCCACAAGAAAUAAUGAGCAAAGAAGAAAGAAAAGUAAAAAAAUUAGAAAGAUGUGUUGAACAAGUAAUUGAAAGAACUAAAAGUGAAAUAAAUAAAAAUGAUGUUUUAGGGUAUUUAAGAAGACUUGAAGAAAUAGGAUUACUUCACGGAGGAAGAAAAGGGGAAAUUAUUGUUGCGGCAGUAGUUUAUUUAUUAAGUAGAGAAUAUUCAAGUAAAAAAGAGAAUGGAAUAGUAAAUACAAAAGGAAAAACAACAUUUAUUGAAGUUGCUAAAGCAGUUAGAACACCAGCAAGAGAAAUACUUAAAAUAGCAAGAGAAAUUAAAGAUAAAGAUGAAGAGAUGAAAGAAGUUGAUUUAACAAUGGAUAGUAGUUAUUGUAUUUAUUAUAUUGUUAAUGAAGUAACACCAAUAAACGUUAACAAAAAAGAAAAAGAAGAAAUAAUAGAUAUAAUGAAUAUAUGUCAAGGACUUAUUGAAGAAAGUGAAAGUCAAGCAGGAAGAAAAGUAAUGUCAGUAGUAGGAGGGAUAUAUGCUAUUGUAUGUGAAAGUUAUCAUAUUAGAAUAGAUAGACAACGAUUAGCAAAUAAAUGUCAAGUUAAAAAUAGUACUAUUGAACAAAGAAUAAGAGAAAUAACAGAGCAAUUAGUUAAAAUUGCUCAUAAAAUGAGUGGAAGCGAAAACAUUGGAAUAACUAAUUUACCUAGAUAUUUACCUUAUAUUAUUGAAACAUGUAUUCCGUUUCUUGAAAGUAUUACUUGUUUCCCGUUAAUGGAACAUCCUAAACAAACAAAAAUGAGAGAACUUGCAAAAAAACGAACCGAACAAAUUGAACAAAUUAAUAAAAUACUUCAAAAAUAUCGAACAAUUCCUCAUGAAAUUGAACAAAACUUUACUCCUGACCAAAUGAUUAUAUCUAGAAUGAUUAAACAAGGUAUGAGCAAAAAUAUAAUUAUUUCAUGUAAAAGUAUUAAUGAUUUAAGAAGAGAAUUAAAUACAUUUGAGAGAAGAACUCUUGAAAAAGGAAGAAUCCAAAAUGAAUUAAAAAAAUUAAAUGAAGAAAUUGUCACUGAAGACGACGACUGUAUUAAUUCAUUUCAUUCUGAUGAACAAACUACUGAAGAAAAAAAACCAAAAUUCUUUUCUUAA